AUGAUAACGAAGUCGGCCAUCUUGCAGCCAUUCGGAUUCCCUGUCGCUAGACGCUUGUAUAUUUAUUAAUUGUUAUUUAAAAUGAACUAAAUGAAGAUAAACUUAAGGUCUUAAUACUCAAUACUUAUUAGUUAUUAAUAAUUAAUUAUAGUUACAAACUAAAGUACUCAAGAACACAACAACUUUAAAAAUGAAUCCGUUAACAAAUAUGAGAAAUGUGAAAAAACUUAGUGAACAAGAAUUGCAACGACUACCUAAAAGUUCAUGGCAUGAUGAAUAUAAAUCCAGUGCAUGGAUAUUUGUUGGAGGAUUACCUUUUGACCUUUCUGAAGGCGAUGUUAUGUCUAUAUUUUCUCAAUAUGGAGAAAUCACUAACCUAAAUUUGGUACGGGAUAAAGAUACUGGCAAACAGAAAGGAUAUUGUUUUGUAUGCUAUGAAGACCAAAGAAGCACAAUAUUAGCAGUAGAUAACUUCAAUGGUACACGUGUACUAGGUCGAAUAUUACGUGUUGAUCAUGUUAAAGAUUACAAACCACCAAAGAACUCAGAACCUACUAGUAAAAUUAAAACUGAAAAAAUAGAAGAUGAUUUCCAGGUUAAAACAGAAAUAAAAGAGGAAAUAAAAGAGGAAAUAAAUUCUCCACAAUUUCAAAGAACAUAUAGAACUCCAGAAAUCAAACGAGAAGUCUGCACUCCAGAAAUAAUUAGAAGUCCAGAAUGUGAAAGUAAUAAAAAAAUAAAAAAAUCUAAAGAUAAGAAAAGGCACCGUAGUGAUCAAAGAGAAAGGUCAAGAGAAAAAUAUAGAAAAAAACAUAGCAAAAGUGAACAAGAUAUAUCUUGUAAUAGAGAGAAAAGUAAUAAACGAUCUAGACACAGUCAAAGUCAAGAGAAGGAUUCUAAAACUAAAUCAUCUAAAGAGCACAGUAGUAGAGAUAAAUUAAGUGAAAGAGAUAGAAAGAAGUUCAGAGACAACAGAAAAGAAUAUAAUACCAAGGAUUAUGAAUAUUAUGAUGAUAAGAAUAAAAGAAAAAAUUAUUAAAAAGAUGACAAGAAUUAUAAAAAAACAAAAAAUUUAU